AUGUGGACAUAUUUCUGGCGAAACCUAAUUCUCGCUCAGAGGGCUAACACAUACAGAGGGUUAAUCAUCAGCAUACUUGGUCCGGCUUUGAAUGAUUUAAGAGUUAAAUUGAAUACAACUAUCGGCGAUAUCUCAUUCGUAUUCCUAUGCAUUUUCAUCGGCUAUACUAUCGGUGCUAUUGUCAACGGAAUUAUAUUCAAUUACAUAAACCGUCAGUUGGUUUUGGCGUGUCUUAUGAUAGCUAUGGCCAUAACCGUCGCUGUCCUACCUGUCUGUCCUAAUAUAACCGUACUAUUUGCUAUGGCGGGGAUUUGUGGGCACGGUUGUGGAGGUUUAGACACGGCACUAGUAGUUUGGUUAGUGGAAGUGUGGGGCAAUAAAUCGAGUCUAUAUUUAGCAGGCGUUCAGUUUUUCUUUGCCGUCGGUGUCUGUAUUGCGCCCCUAAUCGACACCCCGUACCUCACAGACAUACCGACCAAUCAGACAUAUACUUCCAGCAUAAUCAAUGUGUCCCGACUGGAAGUGCCCUUUGCUAUAAACGUAUCAGCGAUUCUGUUACUACUUCUCUACUGUUAUCGGCCAUACAUUCCGCCUAAAAGUCAAGAGAAAGGAAUAAAAUUUGAAUUUCCGAAGAAAUGGGAACUCAUAUACAUAUUACUCGGCGUAUUUAUUAUAGGGCCGUACACGGGCUUGGAGCUCAUGAACUUUCAGCUAAUUCCCACAUUUCUCCAGGGCCCAUAUAUCCGACUCCCAGAGUUCACAAUUACUAGCUAUACUGAUCGGGUCUAUCCAUCGGUUUACACUUUCUAUGAAUCUCAGCUCACAUUAAGCAACACAACCGUCGGUGUGUUCAUCAGUGCCGGGGGUAUAUCGACGGCUAUAUUUCCCACUAUUUGCGGACAAUUCAUCGCCGCUCAGCCAUUGGCUCUCAUUUAUAUGAAUUUUAUCUUGACGAUUUUUUUUUAA